UGUAAGCCUUAAAAGCCCAAAAGUAAAGACCAAACAAACAGAGUUGAGCUGAACAUAUCAAAUCUCAAACUCAACACAAAUCAAAGAAGACAGAAAAACGUCUCCUGUUUUCUCGUCAUCGCACUCUCCCUCCGUUUCUCUGUUUAUAACUUCAAAGCCUGAAAAACACUCUCCUCAAUCCUCCACUUCAUCUCCGCCGUCUAUUUCGUUGACUUUCCUCAAACUCUAUCAAAGUCAAACCUCUUAACUACAUCAAAUUACUGUAAAAAAAAAAAACUAUAUACAAACCCCAGAUUGCACAUACCAUUAAAACUGAAAGACUUCUCAUAAGCCGCAACCACACAGGAUCCGUCCCCCUUGUCUCACCUUCCUACUUUGAUCCUAUAGCCAUUGAAGAACAAACAAGAAAAAAAAAGUUUUAAGACUUUUUUUUUUCUUAAGAAAUAAGAAAAAUCCAAAAUUAAGAAGAAAAAGAAACCCUAGAGUGUCAUGAUCAGAUGUUAUCGGGUGUAUGAUAAGAGACGCCAUGAUCAACACAGCCAACGGUAUGAUUUCGGCAUCAUCUUCAUCGGCGAACGCUCAAUCGCCGGGUUUGAAGACUUAUUUUAAAACUCCAGAAGGUCGAUAUAAGCUUCAAUAUGAAAAAACUCACCCUUCUGGCCUACUUCACUAUGCUCAUGGCAAAACUGUUACUCAGGUUACCCUAGCGCUUCUGAAGGAUAAGCCAGCUCCGUCAACUCCGACAGCUUCAUCAUCCAGCUUCAGUGCUAGCAGUGGGGUAAGAUCAGCAGCAGCGAGGUGGCUAGGUGCUGGGAAUGGGAGCCGUGCAAUUGGCUUUGCUGGAGGGAAUGGUGGGGGUAAAAGUGUUAGUAGUACUAGUAGGAUUGGGUCAUUGGGUGCUUCGAGUUCAAGUAAUUCAAUGACUAAUACAAAUUUCGAUGGGAAAGGAACUUAUUUAAUCUUCAAUGUUGGUGAUGCUAUUUUUAUAAGUGAUUUGAAUUCUCAGGAUAAGGAUCCAAUAAAGUCCAUCCAUUUCAGUAGUUCGAACCCUGUCUGCCAUGCAUUUGAUCAGGAUGCCAAGGAUGGGCAUGAUUUGCUUAUUGGGUUGAAUUCUGGUGAUGUUUACUCGGUGUCAUUGAGACAACAGUUACAGGAUGUUGGAAAGAAGCUUGUUGGGGCACAGCAUUACAAUAAAGAUGGUUCUGUCAAUAACAGUCGCUGUACUAGUAUUGCGUGGGUUCCUGGAGGUGAUGGCGCUUUUGUGGUUGCUCAUGCUGAUGGAAAUAUGUAUGUGUAUGAAAAGAACAAGGAUGGUGCUGGUGAUUCUUCAUUCUCUGUUAUCAAAGACCAAACUCAAUUUUCUGUUGCGCAUGCACGUUAUAGUAAGAGUAACCCAAUUGCGAGAUGGCAUAUUUGUCAAGGUUCAAUUAAUAACAUUGCUUUCUCCUUUGAUGGAGUCUACUUAGCAACCGUUGGAAGAGAUGGUUAUCUGCGAGUUUUUGACUAUUCAAAAGAACAUCUUGUGUGUGGUGGCAAAAGUUAUUAUGGUGCUCUACUAUGUUGUGCUUGGAGUAUGGAUGGGAAAUAUAUUCUGACUGGAGGUGAAGAUGACUUGGUUCAAGUUUGGAGUAUGGAAGAUCGAAAGGUUGUGGCAUGGGGUGAGGGGCCCAACUCAUGGGUUAGUGGAGUGGCGUUUGAUUCAUAUUGGUCAUCACCCAAUUCAGAUGGCACAGGGGAGACUGUGAUGUACCGGUUUGGUUCUGUUGGUCAGGAUACACAGUUGUUAUUAUGGGACCUGGAAAUGGAUGAAAUUGUAGUGCCAUUGCGUCGACCUCCAGGUGGAUCUCCCACUUACAGCACUGGGAGCCAAUCUUCCCACUGGGACAAUGUAUGCCCAUUGGGUACCCUGCAACCUGCCCCAAGCAUUCGAGAUGUUCCAAAAAUUUCACCAGUGGUUGCUCAUCGAGUUCAUACUGAACCCCUCUCGAGCUUGAUUUUUACCCAGGAAUCUGUACUUACUGUUUGUCGAGAGGGGCACAUAAAAAUCUGGAUGAGACCCGGUGUUGCAGAAAGCCAAUCAAGCAACAGUGAAACUGUGUUGAGUACCAGUUCCAAGGAUAAACCAUUACUUUCCAGCAAGAUUGGCAGUUCUAGCUACAAACAAUGACCAGACGAUCAUCGAAAGAUGCAAGGCAAAGAUCAAAGCUCUUUUAUUUUUUCAGCUGGAGUUGCAUUUCUAUUUGCUAGUGUGGCCGUUCAUUUCUCUUUAUCCAGUUGGUUUUCUGAAAGUACAACCAUGUGAACAUAAUUGAAUUGCAAUGAGAUUAACCAACUGAAUCCAUUGAAUAUUCAAGGACAAAAAUGCCAUUGACGGCACAAAGAGUUCUGGAGGGAGAACGAACCUCCAUUGUAAGUACAAACGGCUAUUCCUAGAAUAUCUGACAGUGACUGGUAUAACAUGGAGUUGCUCCUUUAAGAUUUGUAGUAUUUUCUUAGAGGUGCAUUUGAGUGAUUAUUUGUUAUUGUUGAUGCAUCAUC